AUGCAGACUUUACAUAAUGCGAAUACAGAAUUAAUAGGACUCAAAGAUUCUAAGAAUGUAAGAGAAUUUGCACACAUCUUCGGUUGUGUUUCUUUCCAUACUACUGGACUUGUUAAAUGGUUAUAUUGUAUGUGGAAAAUAGACGAAAUCACAAAUCUUAUUAAUAUGCUUUAUAAAUGUCAUUGUUACGCAUUGGAAAUCUGCCACACAGAUGAAGAUAAGGAAAUUUUGCAUAAGGAAAUGAAAGUGGCAAAGAGAAUAACAAGUUUAUUUGCCUACUAUUGGCCGCCAAUUGGAGUUGGCGCUGUGCUUCAUUAUUGUUUCAAUCCAAUUUCAUUUCGACUUUAUGAAAUUCAUGUACAACAGCACGAUGGUAAUGUGGUGCCAAAAAUACUUCCAUUUUCAGGAUGGUUUCCAUGGGACGAAUAUGAAUAUUAUGGAUGGUCAUAUUUUUCUCAAAUCAGUGGUGUUAUUGGUUGUUGUAUGGGUAGUAUAUGCUACGAUCAAUUAUACGUUUCUUCGCUAGUGAUUAUUUGUUCGUAUUUAAAAUUUCUCAGUAAAGCACUGCCAGCAGAUUUCAAUAGGUAUUCAAAUUUUCAAACUAUACUCCUUUUUUUGUUUUCAAAUUUUGAAAGACGAUUGAAAAAUUGUGUGAAUCUACAUAAGGAAGUUCUAAGUUAUGUUGAAAAUUUAGAAAAUAUUGGAAGUCCGUGUAUGUUUUUGCAAUGCGUGCAAAAUAUUGUCAUCCUUUGCUUGUGUUCAUUUGAAGCAGCAACACUUCAAAUUACACCUGACAUAGAAUGCGUUGUGCAAGUACUAAACUUGAUAGAAUUCGCUAUGGGGGUAACGGUGCAAUUAUUUUUCUUCUGCUUCGUUGCCAGCGAUAUUUCAAAACUGGGUUUAGACGUAUCAGAUGCUGUAUAUUCCUGCGAAUGGUUUUCCACUUACGAUACUCUAGAUUAUAAAAAUUGCAAAAAGCAAAAAAAUCAUGUUAUAAAGUAUGCUGUGUUAAUAAUGACAGUUCGUGCUCAACGUCCGAUAUCUUUAACCGGAGGACCAUUUUAUAUUCUUUCGCUAGAAACAUUUAAGUCCAUUGUCGGUCUAGCAAUUUCGAAUUCGGUAGUGUUAAGUCAAACUUAUAAAACAUAAACUGUACAUUUACUUUUUCCAAUUGCCUAACGCUCUUAAGAUGUAUUAUUAUUAAUCCAUUUUUCCUCUACUUG